AUGACUGAACUGCAGAUGGAGGAAGCCAAAGAUGUUCUGUCCUCAAAUGGUUCGUUGUUUAUUCAUCUUGCUGAAGGUGCACCGAAUGAUGCAACAGCAGCAAGAGAAUUCGCAAUGAUAAAAGCGCGUGGUUUAUUGGUCCCAGGCGUAUCUCUCAUUCAUGGUGUUGCUCUUAAAGAGAAUGAUUUUCAUACCAUGGCAAAUGCUACUGUUGGCUUAGUUUGGUCUCCACGUAGUAAUUUAGAACUCUAUGGAGAUACAACGAACUUGCAAGCAGCAUUAGACAACCAUGUUAUUACAGCGAUUGCACCAGAUUGGAGUCCCACUGGUAGUGAUGGUUUACUUAGCGAAUUAAACUAUGCCGCUACUUGGAAUGGUGGAUUAGAUCAGUCACUAUUCGAUGAUCGUUUGCUGUUGAAAAUGGCUACUGUUAAUCCGGCUAAACUAACUCAUUUAGAUACACGUUUGGGUCUAUUGAAAGAAGGUUACCUUGCAGAUAUAGUUGUGUUAAAAAAUCAGAAUAACAUUCAAUCGAGCAAGGAUCCUUAUUGGGCUGCAACGCAUGCAAAACCUGAAGAUGUUUCACUUGUUAUAAUUAGCGGCGAACCCGUGUAUGGUGAUCCUGACAUAAUGAAACAAUUAAUCAAUGUACAAGAUCUGGAAUUACUAAAUAUAUGUGGUACAAACAAAAGUAUCUCGUUUGCAAGUCAAUUUGGUUCCGAUUUUAGUUUUUAUCAGACGCAAAAGCUGUUGAACACUGCGCUCCGUCAUUGGAGCCGCACGUUGGCCCCACUUUCAGAAUGUGGUAACCAAUGA